AUGGCGAUGCAGGUCAUGAAGCAGAGGGGGCGUGACUACGGCGGCAUUCCGCAGGAUGAGAUGGAGCAGGGGCUUGCCAGGGUAGACAGUUGCAAGACAGCGGCAAGCACACCAGAAAGCAGGCCGUCACUGUCUCCGCGGCUGGUGGAGAGACGAUCCUCUGAAGUUUCAGUCAGCGGCGCCUCCCCUUCUUGCCUUCACUCGGCGUGGAACUGCUGCUUCAAGCCGAUCUUCAUAUGCAAGUUGCGGUUGAGUGCAGCAUGCAUGCUGUCGGCCUUCAUGGUUGCAUUUGUGGCCCUUCACGUUCUGAGUCAGGCAGCAACGCAGUCCCCAAACCAGCACCGGCUCGUACUACCAAAAGAUCCCGAAGCCAAGUUUGGAGAACAGGCGGUCUCCUCUCUCCGCAAGAAACCGGCCGUGGGGGUUCUGGCAACGCACCACCGAACAGGCACCAUGCUGUUUUCAUACACGACUGGGGACGUAUGCCAAGAGUUUCGUCUGGACUUCCAGCUGCUGGAAGAGGCCGUUUCGCUGUCAAGUCCCAACGAAACAGAGUCGCGCAAAUACGUCGCCUUGUACGAUUCCCACCAUCGCGUCAUGGUGGGCAUGCAUGGAUACGCCGAGGACUGCCCUGAAGGCCCUCAGCCGUCCUACUAUUGCCAUGAUUUUGACGUCGACUGCUGGCUGAGCGCGUGCAGCCUGAAUAAUCAGGAAGAAACGGCACAGGAGGAUCCCCACUUACCUGUUGUUCACGUUGUGAGGAACCCAGUGGACAUUCUGGUUUCGUCAUACCUGUACCAUCGCCGAGGCACCGAGCAGUGGCUGCAUGAGCCCAACCCCGCCGCUCUCAGCAUCCUACCUGAAGAUGUCCAGCAAAAGCAUUCGGAUUCGCCGCUCUACAAGGCACUGCAGUCGUUGGAAGUGCAUCACGGCCUUUUGGUCGAAUUUCAUUCCGCAGCUGAUGACAUCUAUAGAGGCGUCCGAAACUACAGGGACCUUGAAGGCAAGGCCUGGGCGCUCAACGUGCGAUAUGAAGACUUGCAGAAGGACUACGAUGGGGCAAUGGGACAAGUGUACUCCCACCUUGGCCUGUCUCAUAUGUAUGGCCAAGAUGAACUAUUGCGGGUUGCAAGGAAAUUUAAUUUGAACAAGAUGCCAGAGGAAGAUCGCCACAAGUACGAGAUCGACGCCCACGUUACAGAUCGAGAACACACAAUCAGAAAGAGCAUUAAGGAGAAGAUUGAGAACAUCGGUGACCUCAGAAUAACAAUGGAGCGCCUGGCCAACAUCACGGGAUAUGGCAUCGGCGUCUUCACAUAG